GUGUGUGUGUGUGUGCGCGCGGUGGAAGAGGCACAUUCAGCUUUUUGAAGAGAACCUCUGUGACACCUGGGAGACCGCUGAAGGUGAAAGUUGGUGAUGGAUCUGGAUGUGGUGAACAUGUUUAUCAUCGCUGGAGGCACUCUCGCAAUCCCCAUUUUAGCUUUUGUGGCUUCUUUUCUGUUUUGGCCAGCGGCACUUAUUAAGAUUUAUCACUGGUAUUGGAGGAGGAGACUGGGGCUGCAGGUGGACUAUGCAGAACAGGAUGGAUAUUGCUUCUGUUACACACACCGUGGGAAACCCGGAAGUCGGCCGUCGGUCCUCAUGCUGCAUGGCUUUUCUGGUAACAAGGACAUGUGGCUAGGUGUGGUUAAGUUCUUUCCAUCCAACGUUCAUCUGGUGUGUGUUGACAUGCCUGGCCAUGAAGGCACGACACGCACUAGUGCAGUGGACUACUCUAUUGAGGGCCAAGUCAAAAGGAUACAUCAGUUUGUAGAAAGCAUUCAUCUGAAUAAGAAGCCUUUUCACCUAGUGGGUACGUCCAUGGGUGGCUGUGUAGCCGGGGUUUAUGCUGCUCGCUAUCCCUCAGAUCUCUCCAGUGUCACACUGAUCUGUCCUGCUGGAUUGAAAAAUGCCCAGGAGAGUGAGUUUGUGAGACGUCUGAGAGACAUGGAAAACAGUAAGGAUGUCCAAAGCAUCCCUCUCAUUCCGUCGACUCCAGAGGAGAUGGAGGAAAUGCUGAAACUGUGCUCUUUUGUGCGCUUUAAGAUCCCUUAUCAGAUCCUUCAGGGAUUGGUCAAAGUCCGUAUUCCGCACAACAGCUUCUACCGUGAAGUGUUCAUGGAGUUAGUAGAAGAAAAAUCGAGACACUGCCUGCAUGAGAACAUGCAUCUCCUAACAACACCGCUUCAAGUCAUUUGGGGGAAACAGGAUCAGGUGCUGGAUGUAUCCGGUGCAUCUAUAUUGGCUGACACAGUGCCUGGAUGCCAGGUCGAUCUGUUAGACAACUGCGGCCAUUCUGUGGUGAUGGAGCGUCCUCGGAAAGCUGCUCAUCUCAUCAUGGACUUCAUCACGCGUCAGCAGAGUUCCGGGAGCGGUAGCAGCAAAAAGCUCUCCUGAAACCACACUUAACAAGAUUAUAUAAUUUGUAAGAGAUUUGUAAAUAAUGUUAAUUGUAUUUUUCUAACAAACCCUCAGGGAUGGAUCACCAGGGUUAAGUUAAUUCUUAUAAUAUUUGAUAGUUAGCCAAAUUAGAAUCAGAAACACUGUAGAUUUAACUGUGAACUGGAAAAUAACAGGCAAUAACAUUUUAAACAGUUUCAGGUUUUAAAUGUUCACAGCAUGCUCACACACAAACAGACACACAUGCACACAAACUACUAUUAUUACUUUUUAAAAUAAAUGUGACCCAUCAUGUUAAAUAA